AUGGCGUCGCCCAAGCCAAGGCCAAGCGCUGCCUGGCAUCGCCAAGGCCAAGGCCCACUGCCUAGAGUCGCCCACAUCCCCGUGCCUGGCAUUUCCUACAACCAUGGUGCCAACCUACCUCCUCGCCCACGCAGCCAACGCCUGCGUAGCGUAACCCAGCCUAGCAUUGUGCUUGUGGCGUCAUCUAGCCUACGUUGUGCUUGUGACUUUACCCUGCUUAACGACGCCUUUGAGCCUUGUGUCGCCUGGCGCCCAGUCUGCGUAACGUGGCUCCUAACUUGCCUCGUCUGGCGCCCUUGCACCCAUGGUGCCAGCCUAUCUCCUCCAUCAGCAACAACAAGCUCAAUGUCGCCCCUUGUUGCCCCAAUUGGCGACCUACUCUCGCCCAUCCUGUGCAAGCUGCCGACGUUGCCCAAGUUCUCCAUGGCAUUGCCUAAGGAGCCAACAGAGGCGCAGCCUAAAGAUCCAGCAAAGGUGCCGCCUGGGGAGCCAUCAAUGACAUCGCUCAAACCCCUCAAAGUAGGUGGUCAUCCACAUUAG